ACGGCGGCGGCGAGUGUAAAGGUCGGUCGGUCGGUCCGGCGGCGCCGCUGUCUGCCUGCUGAUCCCAUGCCCUGCACCUAGCCUGCCCGCCCCGGCCAUGUCCGCCGUGCAGCUCUACACCGAGAACACUAAGGUUUGGAUUCCCGACCCUGAUGAAGUUUGGAGAUCGGCAGAAAUUAUCAAGGAUUACAAAGAAGGAGAUAAAAGCCUCCAUCUGAAACUUGAAGAUGAAACUCUCUAUGAAUAUCCUAUUGACCAAGGAAAUGAGCUGCCUUUCCUGCGCAAUCCAGAUAUCCUGGUGGGAGAGAAUGACCUAACGGCCCUGAGCUACCUGCACGAGCCUGCAGUCCUCCACAACCUCAAAGUCAGGUUCCUUGAGUCCAACCACAUCUACACAUACUGUGGUAUUGUACUAGUUGCCAUCAAUCCAUAUGAACAGAUGCCAAUCUAUGAACAAGAUGUCAUCUAUGCGUACAGAGACCAAAACACGGGGGAUAUGGAUCCUCACAUCUUUGCGGUGGCAGAGGAAGCCUAUAAGCAGAUGUCAAGGGAUGAGAAGAACCAGUCCAUCAUCGUGAGUGGAGAGUCGGGUGCUGGAAAGACAGUCUCUGCCAAAUAUGCCAUGCGCUUCUUUGCAACUGUUGGUGGUUCUGCCAGCGAGACCAACAUUGAAGCCAAAGUCCUUGCAUCAAACCCAAUUAUGGAGGCAAUCGGAAAUGCUAAAACAACGAGGAAUAACAACAGCAGUCGCUUUGGGAAAUACAUUCAGAUCGGCUUUGAUAAGAGAAGCCACAUCACUGGUGCCAACAUGAGGACAUAUCUGUUGGAAAAAUCACGAGUUGUAUUCCAGGCAGAGGCUGAGCGCAACUACCACAUCUUCUAUCAACUUUGUGCCUCGGCAAGUCUUCCAGAAUUCAAAGACCUUGGACUGACAUGUGCUGAAGACUUUUUCUACACUUCUCAGGGAGAUGACACAUCUAUUGGUGGUGUGGACGAUGCUGAUGACUUUGAGAAAACCAGACAUGCCUUCACUCUGCUUGGAGUGAAGGAGUCUCAUCAGACAACCAUUUUUAGGAUAAUUGCUGCCAUUCUGCACCUAGGGAACGUGGAAAUCCAAGUGGAACAAGAUGGCGAUGCCUGUAGCAUAUCGAGCGAGGAUGAACACUUGAACAAAUUCUGCAGCUUGCUGGGUGUGGAGUGCAGCCAGAUGCAGCACUGGCUUUGCCAUUACAAGCUCGUCACCGUGGCAGAGACCUACAUAAAGAGCAUGUCUGUGCAGCAAGUGGUGAAUGCCAGGAAUGCCCUGGCCAAACACAUCUAUGCUCAACUCUUCAGUUGGAUUGUGCAGCAUGUCAACAAGGCCAUGCACACCACCGUCAAGCAGCACUCCUUCAUUGGUGUGCUCGAUAUAUAUGGGUUUGAAACUUUCGAAGUGAAUAGCUUUGAACAGUUUUGUAUCAACUAUGCCAACGAAAAGCUCCAGCAGCAGUUCAACUUGCAUGUGUUUAAGCUGGAACAAGAAGAGUACAUGAAGGAGGGAAUCCCUUGGACUCUCAUAGACUUCUGCGAUAACCAACCCUGCAUAGACCUUAUAGAGAUGAAACUUGGUAUCUUGGACCUACUGGAUGAAGAAUGCAAGGUUCCCAAAGGCACUGACCAGAACUGGAUGCAGAAGCUGUAUGACCAGCACGCUGGCAGCCAGCACUUCCAGAAGCCCCGCAUGUCCAACUCCUCCUUCAUCAUCCUGCAUUUCGCUGAUAAGGUGGAAUACCAGAGUGAGGGAUUUCUGGAGAAGAACAGGGAUACCGUGUAUGAGGAACAGAUCCACAUCCUGAAAGCCAGCAAGGAUCAGAUGGUAGCAGACUUAUUUCAAGAUGAGAAGGAUGCUGCACCCACCACUUCCGUGCGAACGGGAACAUCCAAAAUCAGUGUCCGUUCUGCCAGACCAGUGAUCAAAGCUGCCAGUAAGAAGCACAAGAAAACGGUGGGGCACCAGUUCCGCAACUCCCUGCAUUUGCUCAUGGAGACUCUGAAUGCGACCACGCCGCACUAUGUGCGCUGCAUCAAGCCGAAUGAUGAGAAGCUCCCCUUUAAGUUUGAUCCGGUGAGAGUGGUACAGCAGCUGAGAGCUUGUGGAGUGCUGGAGACCAUCCACAUCAGCGCAGCUGGCUUCCCGUCCAGAUGGUCCUACCAUGACUUUUUCAAUAGGUACCGUGUUCUGAUGAAAGAGAGAGACCUCUCUAAGAAUGACAAGAAGCAGAUCUGCCAGACCCUGUUGGAAGACCUCAUUACGGAUCCAGACAAGUUCCAGUUUGGACGUACCAAGAUCUUUUUCCGUGCAGGCCAGGUGGCAUAUCUGGAGAAACUUCGAGCAGUUAAGUUCAGGGCUGCCACAAUCAUGAUUCAGAAGACGGUGAGGGGCUGGCUGCAGAGGGUCAAGUACAAAAGGCUGAGACAAGCUGCAAUCGUCAUCCAGUGCUACACGCGUGGGCACCUGGCACGGAGACUGGCUGAGCACCUGAGAAGGACGAGAGCUGCCAUCAUUUUCCAGAAGCAGUACCGAAUGCUGCAGAUCCUCCGAGCUUUCCAGAGGGUCCGCACUGCAACCAUCACCAUUCAGGCUUUUGCUCGGGGCAUGUUUGUCAGGAGGAUUUAUCACAAGAUCCUCGCAGAGCACAAAGCCACCAUCCUCCAGAAGUACACCCGUGGCUGGCUGGCCCGCACUCGCUUCCGCCGGGUCAGGGAUGCUACCAUUGUUCUGCAGUGCUACUACCGGCGCAUGAAGGCCAGGCGGGAGCUAAAGGCGCUGAAGAUUGAGGCCCGAUCAGCCCAGCACCUGAAGAAGCUCAACAUUGGCAUGGAGAACAAGGUGGUCCAGCUUCAAAGGAAGAUCGAAGAGCAGAACAAGGAAUACAAACUUCUGAAUGAACAGCUCUCUACGCUUAUGUCAUCCUACUCCUCUGAGGUGGAAAAGCUGAAGAAGGAACUGGCACAAUAUCAGCAGAGCCAGUGGGGUGACAGCAGCCAGCUUGUGAGCUUGCAAGAAGAGGUGGGGCACCUCCGGCUGAAGCUUGAGAAAGCCAACAGUGAGAGGAUGGUUAUGGAAGACAGCUACAUUAAGGAGCAAGACCUAUUGAGAAGGCUCAUAUCCGACUUGGAAGAAGAAAAUGCUCUCCUGAAGCAGGAAAAAGAGGAGCUUGACAGCAGUAUCCUGUGUCAAUCUGAAAAUGAAUAUGCACGAAAUACAGUUGAGGAAAAUAUCCAGAUGAGGAAAGAGCUGGAAGAAGAGAGAUCUCGUUAUCAGAACCUGGUAAAAGAGUAUUCAGUGCUGGAGCAGAGAUACGACCGCUUGUGGGAUGAAAUUAUUAUUAUACAGGAAGUACCAGGGCACAGAAGAAACUCAUCCAACCAGAGCAGCUUGGAGUCAGAUUCCAAUUAUCCAUCCAUAUCAACCUCUGAGAUAGAAGACACCGAGGAUGGAAUACAGCAAGUGGAGGAAAUCGAUGUGAAGACUGAAGUUUCUUCAGACUAUGAGGAUUUUGCAUACAACAGUCUGAAGAGGCAGGAGCUGGAAUCAGAGAACAAGAAGCUGAAAAACGAACUCAAUGAGCUGAGGAAGGCUAUCGCAGACCAAGCAACCCAGAACGACUCGUCCAGCGAUAUUCAGGACAGUUAUAACCUCUUACUGAAUCAGCUGAAAUCGGCCAACGAGGAGUUGGAAGUACGGAAGGAGGAGGUGCUGAUCCUGAGGGCACAGAUUAUGAAGACAGCCCAGCAAAAAGAGAUGGCGACAAACUUGGUAACUGAGAGGGAAAGCAUCACUACCAGUGACAGCUCGCCGAAGAGUGACGGGCACAUUGAUCAGGAGGAUGUGACUGAAGCCUACCAGUGCGUGUGCGAGACGAACCGCAAGACUGAGGACUGGGGGUAUCUCAAUGAAGAUGGAGAGCUCGGCUUGGCUUAUCAAGGUUUAAAGCAAGUUGCCAGGUUGCUGGAAAUGCAGCUCCAGGAUCAGAGAAGAGAGCAUGAGCAGGAGGUAGAAGCUCUGAAAAACCAGGUGGAUGUAAUGAAAGAAGAGCAGGAGAAACAGCAGCAGGCUUUCCUGCAGACCUUGCAGCUGUUACCAGAGGCCCAGGUGGAGUUUGGACUUCAGCAAGAAACUACACGUCUCACCAGUGAAAAUCUGGCUCUUAAAGAAUUGCUAGAGAAGUUGGAAAAGAAUGAAAAGAAGCUGAGGAAGCAGCUGAAGAUUUACCUGAAGAAGGUCCGGGAUUUUGAAGCAACCCAAGCCAUUGUACCGAUGAGGGGGAGGUGGCAUGAGCAUAACAUACAAGUUGCUGUCCAGAGAAAGGAGAAAGAUUUUCAGGGCAUGUUGGAAUAUUACAAAGAAGAUGAGCCACUCCUCAUCCAAAACCUUGUUACAGAUCUCAAGCCUGAGGCAGUGUCUGCUACUGUUCCCUGCCUUCCUGCCUACAUCCUUUACAUGUGCAUCAGACACGCAGAUUACAUCAACGAUGACCAGAAAGUGCACUCCUUGCUCACUUCCACUAUGAACGGCAUUAAGAAGGUGCUGAAGAAAAACAACAAUGAUUUUCAGAUGACGUCGUUUUGGCUGGCGAAUACGUGUCGCCUCCUGCACUGUUUAAAGCAGUACAGCGGAGAUGCGGGUUUCAUGACACAAAACACACCGAAGCAGAAUGAGCACUGUCUGAAGAACUUUGACCUGACCGAGUACUGCCAGGUGCUGAGCCACCUCUCCGUCCAGAUCUACCAGCAGCUCAUUAAGAUAUUAGAGGACAUGCUCCAACCCAUGAUCGUGUCUGCGGUGCUGGAAAAUGAGAGUAUCCAGGGGCUUUCGGGUAUCAAACCGAUGGGCUACAGGAAUCGUUCCUCCAGCAUGCCAGAUGGUGACAGCUCCUACAGCUUAGACGAAAUCAUUCACCAGCUGAACACAUUCCACAGUGUCAUGUGUGACCAGGGUCUGGACCCAGAGGUUGUGCAGCAGGUCUUCAAGCAGCUUUUCUACAUGAUCAAUGCUGUCGCCCUGAACAACCUCCUGCUGAGGAAGGAUGUCUGCUCGUGGAGCACGGGCAUGCAGCUAAGGUUUAACAUAAGCCAGCUGGAGGAAUGGUUGCAUGGGAAGAAUCUGCAGCAGAGUGGAGCAGCACAAACUUUGGAGCCCUUGAUUCAGGCAGCGCAGCUUCUGCAGCUGAAAAAGAAAACCUCAGAAGAUGCCGAGGCCAUCUGCUCCUUGUGCACAUCGCUCACGACCCAGCAGAUUGUAAAGAUACUUAAUCUCUACACUCCUGUGAAUGAGUUUGAAGAACGUGUGACAGUAGCUUUCAUACGAGACAUACAGAAGCACUUGCAAGAGCGCAAUGACCCUCCACAGCUGCUGUUAGACUUCAAGCACAUAUUCCCAGUUUUGUUCCCGUUCAACCCAUCCUCCAUAACCAUGGACUCUAUUCAUAUCCCUGCUUCCCUCCACUUGGAAUUUCUCAAGAAAGUUUAAUUAAGCCCAUCUGUCAUACCCAGAGACCUCCAGCAACAAAAGAAAAGUCAUGAAAGGAAUUUAAGGAGCUCUUUAAAUGUGGACCAAACAGGCUUGCGGAAGAACCAAUAAAUGGAUGUGAAACUGUACAGUAAAAAAAGAGACUGAUCU